AUGCAGCCAUAUCUUCCCUACAGUUCAGAACGUGAAGGUGGAUUUGUCAUCAGAUAUGUAUCAUUUGAUUGUUUCGAAUGUGCGAUUACAACUGAUAAUUUAGACAUUAUUAUCCCAAGUUAUGAAGCCGUGUUAGUUUUAUCUCGGCCUGAUAAGCGACCCUCAGCAUACUUUGUCAAGUGUUUUCUGGACCUCUACGACUUGUCAACAUUAGUUCGUCAGAAUCAGGCAAAACGUUGCUUCACAAGCUGGUCGUUGAGGACUUCAAACUGGAGUGUUGAGGUGUACAAGAAUAAAGUUUCUGCAUUUCAUACUGGCCCUGGAAUUUAUGGAAGUGAUGAGAAUUCGAUAGUGAAGUGGGGGAAAAUGGGCGCUUCAGUUCACAGAACUUCCAAAAAACUUGCCAUUGGUGGAAAACCUCCAUAUCUCACGUGCUUUUCUUUGCAGCCUUUCUUUGGGAUGUUUGGAUAUGGUGGAACUAGUGCUUCUAUGCAUUUAUGGAGGCUGCAGGUGGACUUCGAGAUCCGCCAGACAUAGAGACUGAAAACUUAACUGUCCCCUCAUACUGAUCUAGCCCCUCAUGAUCGUUUUAAAAGCAUUGAAGGAUCUGGGAGGUCACACUCCUCAGAAAGAGAAAGUAAAAGUCAAAUUUUUAGAGGCGAGAAGCAAUUGACACUUCAACAACUGGAGCGAGAGUAUCAACACUGGAUUCUACAAAUGCAUAUAGUCAGUAUGAUAAUGAUGAACCUGUUUUUCUUGUUGCUGAAUCAAUCAAACAAGAACUUGGCAUAACUGUGAUGGUAAAGUAGAUAAUACCUUCAUCCUUUGAACUUAUCUUUCUGAACUUUCCUACACUUUUCUGAAGUUACAAGAACUAAUUUGUUUGAAA